ACUAAAGCGUCAGCUGUCGCAAUGUCACAACAAUCUCAGUCGCAGACGAGACGUUGAAGAGCACUCUAAAUAAUGAAUUAAAGUUUAAAGAAAUGUAUUUAGAAUCUUUAUCGAUUUUAUCAGUAACUUCAACACUGAGAGUGAUGUAAAGGAGACGGAAAAAUCAACUAUCUUGGGAUAAAGUGGAAAAAAUUGAGUAUAUCCUUUCGGCAUAAUAAGUAUUCGGCUUAUAAUUUGAUCAACUAAGAUGAGACGAUGCCUCAAGUUAAUUCAUCGUCGUCAGAAUUCAAAAAAGUCAUCAUUGAUCCUUGGUUUAGUUGCAUUUCUACUCACAUUGUCUGCGAUAUUAACGCUUAAGCAUGCACUAAAUAGCGGGAAGAAAUGUUUUAUACUUCCGGAUGGAAGUCUCAGGGAGGAUCUCCUACUUCCGGAUAUUAUGAUGGACAACAAGACCCCAACAUUGGGUCGAACGAUAUUUUUUCAUGAAACAUCCUGUUCGCAGGAUCAAGUAAUUAAACUCAAUUCGAGACAAGCCUGUGCCAUUGAAUCCGCCGCCAAGAUGAAUCCCCAUUGGGACGUUUUCGUCCUAUUUGCCUCUCCGGUCGGAUUCCUCAAUAAAACAUCACUUCCUAUAAUAGAUGCUCUCACUUCUUACGACAACAUUCACUUUCGCAACGUGAAUCUCUGGAAUUACGCUUAUGGAACGCCCAUCUAUGACUGGAUUAAAGAUGGACAGAUUUUCUACUCGUCAUACAUGAACUCCCAUGUCUCAGACUUUCUCAGAUACCUCAGCCUCUACAAAUGGGGUGGAACAUACUUGGACCUCGAUGUUAUCGUUAAAGUUAACUUUGACACUGUGCCCUCAAACUACGCCGGAGCAGAGUCAGAGAACUUUGUUGCAGCUGGUAUUAUCAACCUAGACCAUGAUGGAUUUGGCCAUGAAAUCGCUGAUAUGUGUUUAAGUGAUUUUCAGGUGAAUUUCAAUGGAGAUGAUUGGGGCAACAAUGGUCCGGGGGUUAUUACACGAGUCCUUCACAGAGUCUGUCAGACCGAUAGACCUCUCUUCAUGACUCGUGACAGAUGCAGAGGCUUCAAAGUAUUCCCCAUCAGUGCUUUCUAUGCCAUUGGCUGGAAAGACUGGCGGUACUUCUUCAGCGAGGCCAAAACCAAAGAAGUUCUUGAGAUAGUCAACAACAAGUCAAUUGUUGUGCACUUCUGGAACAAACACUCGGCCAAUGAGCGUGUCCGUGUGGGAAGCACAUCAGCUUAUGGUCAAUUGGCUGAUGAAUACUGUCCAAGAGUCUACAGAUCUGGUGGGGAAUAUUUCUAAAUAUAUAGCCAGAAAAACAGGGUUAAUUGGACGAUAAUUCCUAGAAUCUCAAGGAAACAUUCACAAGAAUUGUACAAAUAGUAGAGCCUCAUGAGAACUUUUAUCGUAUCUCAACGUAUUUUUUUUUUGCUUGAUUUUUUAUAGUAUUUUUUUUUUAGUUCUUUUCAUUUGUGUCAUAGUGUCUGACUGAAUUUGUUAAAUCCAUAAACAUCACGUGUAAGAGACAAAUAAAAGCAUUUUGAAAAAAAAAA